AUGCCUUGCGCAGAAGUUGCCAAACUUGGGGACGAGACAGCGCAGCCGAUGCAAGACGAGAUGGUGAUAGCGGAGAUCGAUACGUGCACUACAGAUGCCUUGGAGAUGUCAGAGAAUGUUUUGGACGUUGUGAAAUGCCGCGAGGAAGCCGAAGCCCUCCGCAAACGACGAGAGAUGCAAAUGCCCAGCUCGUGUACCGGAGGGAAAACCGAAGCCGAGCUCGAAAAGUUUGACCGGAGGGCUGCCUGGUUGAACAUCGUCCCUGCGAUCGUUAUCGUGGCCAAUGCCCUCGUCAUUGGCAUCAGCCUCGAUCUCUAUCGUGGUCACCUUGGCUGGCAGGUUCUGGAAUAUGUCUUCGUGGCCUUCUACACCUUCGAAUUUCUCGCCAAGGUAUGGAUGUAUGGCUGGAGCUGGUACUGGUGUGGCCCAGAGCGUGCAUGGAACCUCUUCGACAUUGCUUGCUUGCUUGUCAUGUAUGUGGACGUAGCAGUCGCUACGAUGCUGCUGCUGCAGGGCCGUGAUAGCUCCGAUGGCGAGGCCAUCUCCUCCCUGAAUUUGAUGAAGAUCUUCCGCCUGGCGCGCCUGGCCCGGCUGAUCCGCGCACUGCGCUUCCAGGUCUUCCAUGAGCUCAAGCUGAUCGUGCUCGGUGUCUUCUCCGGAUUGCGCGUGAUCUGCUGGGCCAUCGUCCUGCUGGUGGUGCUUGUUUAUAGCAUCGGGGUUGGAAUGCGCAACUUCGUGGGAGAGGGACCUCAAGAAUCCGGCGUGGAGUUUGAGGAAUUCGAGACCGUGGCUGCUGCCAUGUUCACCUGUUUCCGGUGCUUCACGGAUGGCUGCAGCGCCUACGACGGGACCCCCCUGUCUGAGCGCCUCCGGGAAGCGUAUGGGGGCCCAUUCAUUGUCGGCUACAUCUUCGUGACCAUGUUGGUGACCGUGGGCGUGUUCAACUUAAUAAUGGCCGUGUUUAUCGAGAACGUGAUGAGUUCCCAGUUCGCUCGCAAGCAGACUGAAAUCGCAGACACUGCUUUGGGAACGGAAACAAAGAUCAAGGACAGAAUCAUUCGCAAACUGGGCUUGAAGAGGAGCAGUUUCCGAUUAUCGCCUGACCUCAAGACAAGAUCGGAAGGUCUGGACGAAGUCUUGCAAGUCGGUGGUCGGAACAUCUCAAGGGACGAGUUCGACAUGUGGCUUCGGGAUCCAGAUUUCGUGCGCGUGCUGGAUGAGGCCAGCAUCGACGUUUCGGCCCAGGUAGGAUUGUUUGAUGUGCUCGACGCAGAUGCGGGAGGAGAGCUAAGUGUGCAUGAGCUGGUCACUGGUCUCAUGAGCCUUCGCGGGCCCGUCACAAAGGGUGAUGUAAUUGGGAUGAGUUUGAAGAUUCGCUACCUGGUGAGCAUGCUGCUAGGUCCUGAUGUCGUUGUCCCUGAAGUACAGGAUUUCGAGCGUGCUCGCGCAGACUUCCGGCAGGUGUUGCAGGAAGAGCUGGGGCGCCCAGCUGCUGCUGCGGGUGCUAUUCUUAUUGCCAUCGCUCUGGCUUCUGUUGCAACAGCAACAACAACCACCACGACGACGACGACGACGAUUCGGAGAAGAUCGUGGAUGCUAGAUGAUUCGCACAAUGAGUGUGCGCCGUUUUUGCGAACUGCUCAUGGCUACAUAUGCUUUCGCAUAAUCAUUCCAGGGUGA